AUGAGCAGCGGGGCGGCGUCCGGGACCGGGCGGGGGCGGCCCCGGGGCGGGGGGCCGGGGCCUGGGGACCCCCCACCCAGCGAGACCCACAAGCUGGUGGUCGUGGGCGGCGGCGGCGUGGGCAAGAGCGCGCUGACCAUCCAGUUCAUCCAGUCCUACUUCGUGUCCGACUACGACCCCACCAUCGAGGACUCGUACACCAAGAUCUGCGCCGUGGAUGGCAUCCCGGCCCGGCUAGACAUCCUGGACACCGCGGGCCAGGAAGAGUUCGGGGCGAUGCGGGAGCAGUACAUGCGCGCGGGCCACGGCUUCCUGCUGGUGUUUGCCAUCAACGACAGGCAGAGUUUCAACGAAGUGAGCAAGCUCUUCACGCAGAUCCUGCGAGUCAAGGACCGCGAUGACUUCCCCGUCGUGUUGGUGGGGAACAAGGCUGAUCUGGACGCCCAGCGCCAGGUGUCCCGGUCUGAGGCUACCUCCUUUAGUAACUCCCACCAUGUGGCCUACUUCGAGGCUUCUGCCAAACUGCGCCUCAACGUGGACGAGGCUUUUGAGCAGCUGGUGCGGGCUGUCCGACAGUUCCAGGAGCAAGAGCUUCCUCCCAGCCCGCCCAGCGCCCCCCGGAAGAAGAGCGGGGGCUGCCCGUGCGUCCUCCUGUAGCCCAGGUCGAGGGGUUACCCCCACACAAGCCCUUGGGACCAGCUGCUCAGCCAAGCCUCAGUUUCCCCACUUGGAGCUGCCAGAACACACUACACCCCAGUCCUUCCUUCCUGGCCCCUUCAGGCCUACUGCCACUGUGUGCCUUCUGCCAAAAUCCCUUUGCCUGCCCCCUCAAGCCCCUGGUAAGGGUGAGGGGCUCCCAGGUAUCAGGGUCACCGCUGUAUAUAGUCCCCUCCCCAGAAUAAACAUCUGUGCCAAUAUAA